UCCAAAUAUCUGCCAUGUCGGCGGUAUCCGAGCUGCGGGAUGCGUACAAGGCGAUCAAGUUUCUUCAGGAGGCGCUGACCAAGAGCAAAGAAGAGGUUGGAAUGUGUCGUUCCCAACUCAUGGUCCAAGAAGAGCAGCACUUGGUGGACAUACAUACAUUGCAAGCCGAAUUGAACCAGGAGCGAGCAAAGACAGUCCACGCGGCGUGCCAACACCACGGCCAUGGCCUCGACGCUUUGCAACGACAGUAUACAAACGAGCUCAAGAAACUCCGUGACGAGCUGGACAAUGCCAUCCACUUUCGUCAACGAGCAGAAGAGGUCGCAGCCGAGUGCCAAGCUGAACUCAAUGCCGAGCGGCAGAAGUUCAGCUCGCUGGGGGCUCAACUCCACACGCUCCAGACGUCGAUGAACACUAUUCAGGAUCAAUUGGAUAUCUCCAUCACCGACAACACGUCUCUCGAAGCUCGUCUUUCUCACGUAGUUUCUGUUUCGAACGCCCAGCAAGACAAGAUCGUCACGCUGGAGAUCGCGCUCGCCGACAUGUCGAGCGGCCUUGCAUCGUCGCAAGAGACGUGCGCGACAUUAGCGCGCGACAAACGACGCCUCGAAGAGGAAGUAGUGGCCGUCCGACUCUAUCAAGUGGAAGAGGUCGCUGCUCCCUCUCCAGUCGAAGCCAUCCUUGAUUUGAAGCGCGAGUCCAAAACGGUGCAAACUGAGGACGAGUCCUCCUCAUUACCGACCCACGGGCACCUCGGGGAAUGGAAAGACACGCUUCGUGGUUUGGCUUCGGACUUGAAAACAAUUCGGGGCGACGUCGGGGCGAUGCAGGCGGCGGUGUUGCCAUCGUUGGACCAACUGUAUCAGUACACUUUCCGGCCAAAGAACCCCCAUGCAGCGUACGUAAACGCCCUGUCGGCCCAAGUCAGGAGCUUGCGAGAGGAGUGGCAUGCUGCCAAAGACACGUGGGCAGCCAUCUCUGCGGAGUCCUUGGCAUUUGUGACAGACCAAUUAACUACCUUCAGCGUCGUUUUAAGUGCCCGGAAUGCGCAAACACGGAAUCGACAGCAACUCGCUGCUCUUCGCAUGCAAGCGCUACGGAGUGAACGGGACGAUCUGAAAGCUACCGUCAUGACGUGGCAGGCGGACGUGGAAGCUCACGUCAAACAAGUGCUGGUGGCUCAAGAUCGUCACCUCCAACGAGCAUCCCGCCGCGCCGAAGGCACCGAACGCCAGUUGAUGGCCCGUGAAGACACGACGUCUCCCCACUUUCGGCAGACAGCGCCGUCGGACGCCAUUUCAUGGGUCACCCUGGAACGCCGUUUGGGUCAACUGAAAACGCCGUUCCAUCGGCUCAUGUCGUCCCUCGAGCAAGCCAACUACGUUCUCAAACUGCUGAUCCGAAACACGGAUACCGUCAUGCUGCUCGAGUCCACUUCACUUCAAGGGAGUCGCGCCGUCGAUUUUGCCAGGUUCAUCGAAUCGCUCUUGACCGCCGUGGACCACUCGACUCUGGAACGUGUGGUGGCUACCCACACAAACGGCGUCCAUGACAUCCUGUACACGUGGCAGCUCUGUGACCCGGCCUUUCUCGACGCCAUUCCCGCGCCUGCGUUCGACAUGAACUCGCCCGAAGUCGAGCACAUUUUAACGUCGUGGACGUCGGAUGUAAUGGCGCGGACGGCGGCCGCGCGAUGGCUCUCGGCCAUGUACUUUAACCACCCCACGAACGAAUCGAGCUUUCGCUUCACUGGGCUCACACGCGAGGUCAAGGACGCGAUCUUGGUGCUUAUAGUGCCGUUGCUACUCAAAGCCAAACGCCAAGUGCAAGUUCGUCGGAAACGACAACCCACAACGGACGCCAAGUGGGACAUUGCAAUCGAAGCUAGUCCCAAACGUCAACCCCAGCCCCAGUCGGCAGUGUUUAAAGCUAUUCAGCGCCGCUUGUCCGAGUUGCAAAAGUAAUUAUCAUGUUUCGAGUGAAGCAGUUCUUAACUACUACGUAGUACUUCUAUAGUAGUUUUACUGUAAAUCAUUUUUACUGUUAUACUAGUACUACGCCUUUUUGC